AUGGCGCCGCCUAUCAAUAAGAAGAAGGAUGAUCUCGGCGCUGGGCUGCGUGUCUCCAAGGAUAAUCUUACAGAGCAUCCCGCGGGACCGCCACGAUAUGGCGAGUUGACGCAGGCGGAGAGGGCGUUUACGCUCGCGUCGACGUUUCUAUCUGGAGUUUUGGCAAUAAGUGCAUCGCAGUUUCUGGGUGCGCCCUUGAAACUCAUUGACCCGCAGUUCUAUGAUGGUUACAUGGCCUACACAAAAGAAUGUUUUGCGAUUCUGGUCACUUGUCUGACUCAAUGGUGGGCGCCGACUAUCGUGCGAGUUAGCGGCGAUUCAAGUAUGGUAGGCCAACUCACGCAGAAGAAAGAUGGGAGCUUGCAGUGCAAUUUCGCAGAUCGUAUGGUGUUGAUGGCAAAUCAUCAGCUGUACACUGACUGGCUGUAUCUGUGGUGGAUCGCAUAUACGAACAACAUGCAUGGCUUCAUCUACAUCAUCUUGAAGGAGUCGCUGAAGAACAUUCCGAUCAUAGGAUGGGGAUGCCAAUUCUACAACUUCAUCUUCCUGUCAAGGAACUGGGAGACGGAUCAGAGCACCUUCAAGAAACAUCUUGCGCAACUUAACAAGCCAAACAACCCAAUGUGGCUCAUCAUCUUCCCGGAAGGAACGAACCUUUCUGCAACGACUCGGGAGAAGAGCAAGAAGUGGGCAGAGAAGAACAACAUACAAGACAUGAAGCAUCAACUUCUGCCACGAAGUACCGGACUGAAAUUCUGUUUGAACGAACUCAGAGAUACAACGGAAUGGCUAUACGACUGCACAAUCGCCUAUGAAGGCGUCCCUCCCGGUCAAUUUGGGCAGGACAUCUUUACACUGCGCUCCUCUUUCUUCGAAGGCCGACCCCCAAAAUCAGUCAACAUGCACUGGCGUCGUUUCCACCUCGACACCAUCCCCAUCCAAAACACCAAAGCUUUCGAAGUUUGGCUACGCAACCGCUGGCGCGAGAAAGACUACAUGCUUGAAUACUUCAACCGCCAUACUCGCUUCCCUGCGGAAGAUUUUUGGAAAGAACACCUCGACAUGAGCAGUCGCAGCUCGCAGAGUCAGACCUUGCGUAGCGUUCCGCGGCCAGCUGUUCAGAUCGAGACACAAGUCAAGUCCGGCAACUGGAACGAGUUCGUCAAGAUCUUCGCUCCGAUUAGCAGUGUGAUGAUGGCGCUUACUGUUGCAUAUGGUGCGUCACCGGGAGAUUUGAUCCCUGGCGGCAAAGAGUUCUUCGAGCAACAUAUGCAAUCGUUGCUCGGUCAAGGCGGCGAUAUGAAAAAUCUUCCGGGUCCAGAGGAGCUGGAGAAGAUGAUCGAGGGUGCGGCGCGUAUGGGAGCAGCACAGGCAGCUGGGCCCCAGAGUAUGCCGCAGAUACAGCAGCUUACGCAAGAGAACCUGGCGAAACUGGUUAAGGAGACGGCAAUCAAGAACGGGAUUGGGAUGAGGCGUGUCAGCACAGCGUUACCUUCAACACCGACGAAUCUGCUCAAUACACUGAAAACAUCUCCACAACAGAGGGCAAAGAGCGCUGUCAAUUCGCCGUCCGCAGCCAGAAAUCCGGCUGGUGCUGCGAAAGCAAGAGCGUCCACUGUUGUAAACGCAAGAUCUUCCCCAACCCCCGCAAAGCCCUCAGCACCCGCAAAACCCAAACCGGCCCCCUACACCGGCCCCAUGAAGGAAGUCACAACCGCAUCCGGAGUGACAAUCAUGAUCCCCGAUACCGAUGUCGAAAAAGCCAAAAAGACAGGCACAAUAGUAACGAAGAACGGUCUCGUUAUCAAGAUCGGCAAGGAGGAGAUAGCGGAGAUUGAAAAGGCGCAGAAGAAAACUGGAACUACUGUCAUGACAGCUUCUGGUAUCCCGAUCAAGGUCACUUCAUCUGGUGCUAUAACCGUGGAGCAGAAGCCUGAGCCGCAGCAGGCCAACAAGUAUGUCAUUGUGCCUACGGCGAAGAAGCCUGCGCCGGUAGCAGCGAAGGCCCCUCCUAAGUUGGCUUCGACUGCUCCUAAGUCUACUACUGCUCCGAAGAAACUCGGACCGUCAACAGCGGAGAAGGCGACUCCUGCUAACGGGGCGAAGAAGCCUAUAGCUGCACCGAAAAAACUCCCGGUCACAAAGGCAGCGCCCAAGAAGUUAUGA